UGAUAAGCGAGCAAAUAUGUCCAAGAUGAUUCCAUUUUCUACGCAAAUGGUGUAGAGCGCCAGCAUCGGUACCAGAUCAGUAGCGGGCUCAGCCCCCUUCAAGGACUUACACUUACCUCCCGCAUUCCGAGGUAGAAUUCAGACGGUAUGAGCCAGAGUAAGACCGACAGCCGGACGGGGAACCAGUUCACAAUACAACGUGGGACAAGGUUUGCGGAAAUGUUGAUCCCGUGUGCAUUGCUAACCCCAAAUCCAACGAACGGCUAUCGCUGAACGAAGAGGCUAGCAAAGCGCACCCCUCAUCAAAUACAAGUGUUCUGAGAACGAAGCAAGCGCCCAAUAAAACGCUGAACUACCGAGGCUGACUUUUUGAACUAGAUGGAAACGGGUAAGACGCUGUGAAAGUUCAGCCGUUUGGUAUACACUCAGUAGUGACGCUAGGUAGCCUUACCCACCAGCUGAAUGCAAGCCAUGCAGCGCGCUGUUCCUUGCCAAUCACAGGGCCAAAAUUACCAGAAAUGAUGCAUAAACAAGGUCAAUCAUGGAGUCCCACGUUGUUAUUUUUGGCGCCGGCCCGCUGGUAAAGCUACCGGGCGAUGCAUGGUUUGGCUGGGGGCCGGCACUCGUAUUGAAUACGCUCUGCCGUGCACCCACGCGGAAUUAGGCUAGCGACUAAAGUACUUGGAAACUAGAGCUGUAAAUAUAAUGAGAUGACCGGGGCCAUCCUGGACCUUUCGAUCGAAGGCGUCUUCUUAGUCCCAUCUCCGUAGUUGUACUAGAUGCUAUGUCGGGACCAACUUCAACCCAAAGAGAAGGGCAAGGGAUGCACAGGGGAACCCAACUCCUUCUUAUGUUUUGGGUAUGGACCCUUACAAUUCUUAUUCUAGUUUCUCUGAGGUUUUACGUUCGCCGAAAGCUGCGAGCGAUUGGGUGGGAUGACUGGACAAUGCUGAUAUCUAUUAGUAUAUUUUCAACGGCCACCGCAUUACUUUCAUAUUAUGCAUCUGACCAUGCACCAAAAUAUUUCAUACUUCCACCCGUCGAGGCCCUACGAGAGGCAACCAAGUGGGCAUGGAUUAUCCAACCACCGAUGAUUCUAACAUUUGGCGCGGCAAAGACGUCGGUGGCGCUCUUGAUUCUGCGUUUAAUAGCAAAAACUACAUUUUGGCGUCGUUGGAUACUUUACGUCAUUAUCUUUGUGGUCAUUGUUGGCAAUUCGUUAGCAGUCGUCAUCACGUUCGCCCAAUGCACCCCGGUGUCUGCGCUCUGGAUGCCAGAAAUGCUCGAUGCAGACUGUUGGGAUCCAGUAAUUCAGGAACAUUAUAAUUAUUUUCUUGGAGCUUGUAAUACGACCGCGGAUGUCGUGCUUGCGCUGCUACCAAUGACGUUUAUUCCUCAACUGAGCAUAAAGAUCGGUAGGAAAAUCGUACUAUGUAUGCUGCUAAGUCUUGGUAUAUCAGCCGCCGUCGCUGGGAUCAUUAAGAUGAGAUAUUUAGUAGUCUUGACGGAGCGAAAGGAUAACUUCAUCGUAAAUGUUUUCCAUCUGCUCGUUUGGAGCGGCGCUGAGGGGUUUGUCAUUAUGUUUUGUGGCAAUUUGCUGCCCCUACAACCAUUAUGGGACAGAUUCAUCACGAGACAGCUGGACGGCGACUUUAGGAGGAAGAUCAACAAUGAACAUAUGGUACCCCGGGCGGUGAACUUUUCAUUAACAAAGACAAACUUGGGGAGUGGUAGCCCUUCACAAGGUUCCUGUCGAACUGAGCAAUAUGAACUAGGAGAAGGACAGAUUCGCGCAACAACCAGGAUUACAGUUGUGACGAGGGUGGAAGAUAUUGUGUAA